AUGAUCAAGAAUCCAAAGAUAGACAGUUUGAUACGUGAAAGAUUAACAAAUUCAUAUUUUUCAAUACUCAAAAAUCUCAAAAAUCCAGAAGAGUUAGGAAAUAAAAUCAAUGCAAUCUUAUCUGAAAUAGAUAACCUCACAUCUCAAAACAUUCUAGAUGAAGAUUAUUUACUUAGUUUAUUUUUUUGUGUUUCUGAAAUUGGUAAUUCUUGCAUAUAUGAUGAAGAUGAAUUAACGGAACAACAACUUCAAAUAAUGGAUAAUUAUUGGAGAUUAGAUCAAUUAGGAAUUAGAAUGAAAGUGUUACAAUUAAUCAACAAAUUUGCAAUUGAUAAUCCUACAUUAUCUCAAAAUACAUUAGUUACAGAAACUUGUUGUCUGAUUUUAAAAUCGGGCCUUAAUGAAACUGUAAAUGGACCAUUCAAAUUUGAUCUAUCUGCAAUUUAUCACUUUAUCGUUGUUAAAGUUAAAUGUUGUAACAUACCUUCAAGUUCACAUUUACAUAAAUUGAUUCAAUCAUUGAUUUUGACAAACUUUAGGAAAAUCAACACUGCUGAACUAGAACAAUUAAUAAAUGAAACAGUAUUUAGCAUCAACCUUGACUCAGAUUUAGAUCUAGUAGGAAGUUCAAUUGAAAUAUUCAAUGAAAUAUUAGAAACUAAUCCUGGCUUGAUUAUUUAUUCCAAUAUUUUCAUAUCUCAAAUCAUUCCAUUUUGUCUUAAAUGUUUUGAAUUUAAUGAAACUUAUAUAGUUAAACAAUUGGUCAAAUUUUGGACUUUAAUAAUAGUUUUAAAGAAAGGAAAUUUACAAGAUCAUCAACAUAUUAAACAAUUAAUGAUAGAUGGAUUAGGAUUCAAUUUAAUUAAUAAUUUAAUAAGUUCAUUUAUUAAUGCUCCUAGAUCAAAUUUAGAUUAUUAUUAUCCUGUAUUUAAACAUUUAAUUGGUAAAUAUCCAAUGGAAUUUAAAAGCUAUUUAACUCAAAUAUUAUCAACUAAUCAAUAUGGUAAAGUACAAUUAAACCAAUCUGACUCGAAGCAAUUCAUUAGUAAAUUAAUAGUCACUAGAGGUAGUCGAACAUGUAAUGAUAUUUUAAAAGAUUAUUGGUUAAAAGUAAAUAAAUUAAUCGAUUACACAUAA